AUGCAUUUUUGUUGGUUUAUACUUUCAGCAGCAGCUGCUCAUUACCUUGCUGGCUCGUCCUUGCUCGAUCAAUUGUACGGUGAUUUGGUACAUGAAAAUUAUAAGCAACCCAAUUUUCAACAAAUUACCUUUUUUACAGAGGAGGAGAGUUAUGAUGUGUAUUCCAGUCAAGAGCAAAAACUCCCCGAUGCUUAUUAUGAAAACAUUGUUCGUAAUCAUUUAAAAACAAGACCUGAAGUUAAAUACCCUGAUAAGGACGAUGUCUCGGACAUUGAAAUGGACCAAAAUAUGUUUGGAGGUAUUGUCACAUAUGCACAUCUCCCACAUAUCAAUUGUUUCAAGGGUAACCAAGAUAAGCCAAUAGACGUGGCAAUUGUUGGUGCGCCUUUUGACACUGGUGUUUCCUUUAGACCCGGUGCUAGAUUUGGACCUGAUGCAAUUAGAUCAACCGCCAAAAGACUAAGUUACCCAUCAUCUACCAAGAAGCAAGGCCCAAAGAAUAGGCACAGAAAAAGCGAUGAGCUACACAGCUACUCCAUUGUUGAUUGUGGAGAUGUAGCAAUGAAUCCAUUUGAUAAUAGGAUUGCAUUGAAUCAACUUUAUCGUGGUCAUAGAGCAAUUGUCAAUAAUCACAAAGGUAAAGUGUAUCAAGUGCCACGAGUAAUCACAAUGGGCGGAGAUCAUACUAUUACAUUAAUGGCAUUACGCAAUUUGUAUGAGCAAUGGCAAAAACCAAUCAAGGUCAUCCACUUUGAUUCACACAUUGACACCUGGGAUCCAAAAAAAUUAGGUGGGGGCAUCACCAAUUACAUGAGUUUGAAUCAUGGAACGUUUUUGCAUUAUGCUCAUGAAAAGGGGUUCAUUGUUGAUAAAGGUAAUUACCAUGUCGGUAUUCGUGCACCAUUGGUUGAUCCUGGAUUCGACCUGAGGCAUGAUGCUGAAUGCGGAUUUGAAAUCAUUGAAGCUACAUCAAUUGAUAGGAUUGGAGUGCAGGGCAUCAUUAAAGAGUUGGUUGAAAGUUAUACAGCAGAGGAUGUUAAAGAAGGCACCCCUGUGUACAUUUCUGUGGACAUAGAUGUUUUGGAUCCAGCUUAUGCACCCGGAACUGGAACAAUGGAAGUUGGCGGUUUCACAACAAGAGAGCUUUUAGCGAUAUUAGAUGGCUUGCGAGACACCGAUUUGGGUUGUAACAUAGUGGGUGCUGACGUUGUUGAGGUCAGCCCACCGUAUGAUACAAAUAGUGGGAUAACUGCUUUAGCUGCAACUGCGGUGAUUGACUCCUUGUUGAAGAUUAUGGUUGACAGUAUUCCGUUGUGA